UGUUGAUUGAUGAAAUUCCUGAAGCCCUCUGCACUCAUAAUAUACAAAGUACAGAAAAGAUUUCCAAAAAUGGCCCUCUACUAAGUGAAAGAGUAUAAUAUCUCUAACCGGGUUUGCAAUUCACUCCCAUGGCAAUGGGACUAGAAGUCACUAAAAGUGCCUCCUACAUGUCAAGCACUAUUCCAAGCAAUCAAUUCAUUUUUAAUAACACAGUGAGGCAGAUGCUAUUUUCAAACCCAUUACACAGAUGAGGAAAUUGAGACUCAGAGCUGUUGAAUCAUUUGUCUAUAAUCUAAUCACAGUUAAUUGGUGGAACUGGGAUUCUAACUCCAAAAAUCUGGCUCUAAUAGUCUUCACCUCUUAGAAAACGUCACGUUAACUCUCAGAGAUCUCAAAACCAGAAGACUAAGACAAAUAUCUACAAAAAUAAAUGUACUGUCCUCCUGAACACAAAUUAUUUGAAAAUCCAGUUUACAAGGAUACAGAAGAUUAUUCUGUCCGAUUGUAGGUAGUCUUAUUCUCCUACUUGAUUGUAAUUUGGGACUGUUUUCUUCAUGUUUCUACUUCCCACUAUAUACAAGAGGCACUCAAAAAGUUCACUGAAUAUGCAGAUCAAGAAGAUAAACUUCAAGAAAGUUAUGACGAGGAAAUUUAAAGAUAAUUGCAAAUAAGCUUCUUUAUUCAAGUCACAGAUUAACAGUAUGAAAAUUUGAACUAAAAGAGAGUAUUAGCAAAUGGCCCAAAGAUCUGAAUAUGAAGAGGUUCUCAUGGGUCACAUUACAUAAGUAAAAAUAAGGAAGGAAAUCCACUAUAAGAAAGCAGAACAUUUGCUUCACAUGCUCUUGUAAGCUGAACUAAUGACUGCCGCAAGAAGACACAGAGAACUGAGUAUCCUCCCAAAGGUGACGUUGGAAGCAAUGAACACCACAGUGAUGCAAGGCUUUAACAGAUCUGAGCGGUGCCCCAGAGACACUCGGAUAGUACAGCUGGUAUUCCCAGCCCUCUAUACAGUGGUUUUCUUCACUGGCAUCCUGCUGAACACUUUGGCUCUGUGGGUGUUCCUUCACAUCCCCAGCUCCUCCACCUUCAUCAUCUACCUCAAAAACACUUUGGUGGCCGACUUGAUAAUGACACUCACGCUUCCUUUCAAAAUCCUCUCUGACUCACACCUGGCACCCUGGCAGCUCAGAGCUUUUGUGUGUCGUCUCUCUUCGGUGAUAUUUUAUGAGACCAUGUAUGUGGGCAUCGUGCUGUUAGGUCUCAUAGCCUUUGACAGAUUCCUCAAGAUCAUCAGACCUUUGAGAAAUAUUUUCCUUAAAAAAACGGUUUUUGCAAAAACAGUCUCAGUCUUCAUCUGGUCCUUUUUUUUCUUCAUCUCCCUGCCGAAUAUGAUCUUGAGCAACAAGGAAGCAACACCAUCGUCUGUGAAAAAGUGUGCUUCCUUAAAGGGGCCUCUGGGGCUGAAAUGGCAUCAAAUAGUAAAUAACAUAUCCCAGUUUAUUUUCUGGACUGUUUUUGUCCUAAUGCUUGUGUUUUAUGUGGUUAUUGCAAAAAAAGUAUAUGAUUCUUAUAGAAAGUCCAAAAGUAAGGACAGAAAAAACAACAAAAAGCUGGAAGGCAAAGUAUUUGUUGUCGUGGCUGUCUUCUUUGUGUGUUUUGCUCCAUUUCAUUUUACCAGAGUUCCAUAUACUUAUAGUCAAACCAACAAUAAGACUGACUGUAGACUGCAGAAUCAACUAUUUAUUGCUAAAGAAACAACUCUCUUUUUGGCAGCAACUAACAUUUGUAUGGAUCCCUUAAUAUACAUAUUCUUAUGUAAAAAGUUCACAGAAAAGCUACCAUGUAUGCGAGGGAGAAAGACCAUAGCAUCAAGCCAAGAAAAUCAUAGCAGUCAGACAGACAAUAUAACCUUAGGUUGACAAUUGUACAUAGGGUUAACCUCUAUUUAUUGAUGAGACUUCAGUAGAUAAUGUAGAAAUCAAAUUUAAUGAAUAAGAAAAGAUUGGAAUAAAUGCUCUCUUACAUUAUCCUAGUGUACAGAAAAGAUUACAUAAAUUUUAACUCCACAUACAUCUAUUCAUAAGCUGAAUGAACCAUUACUAAGAGAAUGCAACAGGACACAAAUGGCCACUAGAGGUCAUUAUUUCAAGAGCAUUUCACUUUAACACUUUGGAAAAGAUUAAGGAGAACGUACAUCCCUACAAACCUCCCCUCCAAACACCUUCUCACAUUCUUUUCCACAAUUCACACAACACUACUGCUUUUGUCCCCCGUAAAUGUAGAUAUGUGCUGGGAAAAAAAAAAAAAAAGCCCAACUCCUGAAGUCCGUUGUUGAAAA